UUUGAAGUCGGUGAGUCCUACGAUCCCUACAAAAGGACGAAUCUUUAUCCAUCAGGGGCGGAGGGAAAGAGUCAUUGGUGGUUGACUAUCACUGUGACUGUGAGUCUCUCCGGUGUAGGAGUGCAGGAAAAGAGAGAGAGAGAGUGAGAGACCAUGUUGCUCCAAUUUUGGAGCAUUUCCAGCUGUGGUGCAUUUCACAAUUCUUGGGCUCUCACUCACUCAGGAAAGCACCAUAAUCUCAUGUUUGGCAAACCUCUCUGCCUCAGAAAGUCAAAACCAUCCACACCCUUUUGCCUGAAAGCUCAGUUACUAGAUGAAGUUGCUCAACUUGCCCAUAACAAGGUUUUGGUUGCAGCUGGAGUUUGUGGGGUAAUUGGGCAGCUGUCCAAGCCUUUCACUAAUGUAAUUCUGUACGGCAAAGAGUUUGAUUUCAAGUCAACCCUUCAGGCCGGAGGCUUCCCUUCCACGCAUUCCUCUGCAAUGGUGGCUACUGCAACAACGCUUGGCCUUGAGAGGGGGCUGUCGGAUUCAAUAUUUGGCUUGACUGUUGUUUAUGCAGGCAUUGUGAUGUAUGAUGCCCAGGGGGUGAGAAGAGAAGCUGGAAACCAUGCAAGAGUACUGAACAAAAUACUGCCUCAAAUUACAAGGGCGAACGCAAUCCCAUCCCAAGAUAGAGGUAGACUUAAUUCUCAACCUAAACCAUCAUCUUCGUUACAGUUGGAUAGGCUCAAGUCCCUUGCAAAGUCUUUUUCAUCAAAAGCAACAAAUGCCCCUUUAGUAUCUCAGUCAAUCACCGAAAUGAGUCAAACCACUCAGACGCAGAUCAUGUCUUCUGGCUUAGGAACUGAUGCUGAAGAAGGUUUAGAAAGAGCUGGAAGUUUUACUCCAUUGAAAGAAACGAUUGGCCACACUGAAGUUGAAGUCACAGCCGGUGCUCUUUUGGGUUUCUUAGUAGGCUUGGCAGUGUAUACCACAUUGUGAUCUAAAAUGCUCAUGUUUUAUUUCCUAAAUACAAAAUUUAAUUACUAGGAUUAGCUUGAAUCCAGCAAGUUUUGGCUCAAGCUACUUUUAGAGGGCGCAUAUUUCGGACCAAUAUACUUAUGUAUUUAUCAUUUUUACCAUAUGAUGUAAUACAGGUAUACUUAUGUAUUUAUUGCUUUCACCAUACGAAGAUAUAAUGUAAUACAGUAUUGUUGGAC